CAGCACUCCUUGUGAUCCAUUGCUCGCAAUCCAUAGUUAUCUUGGCUCAACCGCUCGCCGAAUAUAAAAUUGCCGACAAUAAUUCCAGUAUAAUUUCCUGGACUGAUAGUAACAACCAGUCGUAUCCUGUAUAUUCUUCAGAUGGAGCUCAAGUAGCGGCCGUUAUCCUGUACCGACAGGCCACCGCUACGAUCUUUGCAUGUGGCUUAUUCUGCAAUCCCUCUGGCACUUCUUGCCUCUUCGGUAUCCUCAUAAUCCCAGCACUGGUUCCGGGUUUUCCCACCAGUGAAUUACACUUGGAUUACCGGCGUCUAGUUUGGUCAGCUAACCGGAAUCAUCCCGUCACGGUUAAUGCAAGUGUGGAACUCAGGCGAGAAGGAGGGUUGUUGUUGACGGACUCUAAUGGAUCCGUGGUUUGGUCCACGCACAGCAAUGGGAGUGGCGUUUCCGGGUUGAAUUUGACGGCAAUUGGGAAUCUUGUCAUUUAUGGCCAAAAGAAUGAAACCAUUUGGCAGUCUUUUGAUCAUCCUACAGACACACUGCUACCUGGGCAAGAAAUUCGAAGCGGACAAACAUUAAAAGCCAGCAUAUCAACAUCAAACUUUGGAGAAGGUUUGUAUUCACUCUACUUUGAUAACGAAUCUGCUCGUGCUUAUGUACAGUCCUCUAAUUUGUACUGGUAUCGAUAUGCGGAUGUGGAAGUAGAUUAUGUUAAAGGGAUAAUUGCUUCCACGCGGUCUCCAAUAUUAGAUCACCAAAUCACCAAGUUUGAGGCUGAUGGGCAUUUGAAUGUGUACGGGUGGUCACCACCUUUUCCGUGGGGGGUUAUUUCCGAUGUUUUUGUACGUUUGAUUGGUUUUUGUGGAUACCCUUUGGUCUGCGGAAGUUAUAGUGUUUGUAAGGAUGAGAAGUUCUGCACUUGUCCUCCUGUUUUUUUCACGCAAAGAAACAGGAGUCAAGAAAUCACAGAAUGUUCUUUAAUUACUCCCAUUUCAUGUGCGCAUUCCCAGCUCCAUACUCUUCUGGAGAUGAAGGAUACGAGCUAUAUUGGCCGGGAUAUGAGAAAUGAAUCUGGUGAGUACACGGAUUUAGAAAGUUGUAAGAAGGCAUGUUUAAGGAACUGCUCCUGCAAAGCAGCUCAUUUUAAUGGCUAUUCAAACGGAUACUGUUUAUUGCUGAAUGAAGUUCUCUCCCUUGUGACCGCCACAAGCAACAACACUGUUUAUCUAAAGGUGCAAAAUUCAUCCACUCCGCAAAUUAAUCCACGGAUUGAGCAGAGUCCCCCACCGGUUCAACAGACUCCUCCAUGGAUUCGGCAGAAACAUGCCAAAAUACUACUGGGGACUAUUGGUGCCUCCAUGGGUGUGGUUUUAUCAAUCUCCAUUUACUUUUUCUUGGUUAGAAAGAAAGCAGUUCAGCUAGAAGAUGAGGAGGAGUUUUUGGAUGGCGUGCCGGGGUUGCCAACUCGAUUCUCUUACGAAGACUUGAGUGCUAUGACCGAAAAUUUCAGUAAGAAAUUGGGAGAAGGAGGAUUUGGUUCUGUGUUUGAAGGUGAAUUGCAAGAUGGCACUAAAAUUGCAGUAAAGAGUCUUAAGGGAGUUGAUCACAUCAAGAAAUCAUUUCUGGCGGAAGUGGCAACAAUAGGAAGCAUUGAGCACGCCAAUCUGGUAAAAUUAUUAGGGUUUUGUGCAGCAAAAUCACAGAGGCUUCUGGUCUAUGAACACAUGACGAAUGGGUCUUUAGAUAGAUGGAUUUUUAAUGGGGAGCAAGAACAUGGUCUCACGUGGCAUACCAAAAAGAAAAUCAUGAUAGAAAUUGCCAAAGGGUUAGCAUAUCUUCAUGAAGAUUGCAACCGUAAGAUCAUUCACUUGGACAUCAAACCUCAAAACAUCCUCUUAGAUAAAAAUUUCAAUGCAAAAGUUGCAGACUUUGGAUUGUCAAAGAUGGUAGCAAAAGACCAGAGCAAAGUUGUCACGAAAAUGAAAGGAACUCCGGGUUACAUAGCUCCGGAGUGGAUGAGCUUGGUUAUAACGGAGAAAGUAGAUGUGUACAGUUUCGGAAUUGUGAUGUUAGAAAUUGUUUGCGGGCGAAAGAAUGUGGACUGGAAUCAGGCAGAGGAAGAAGUGGAUUUGCUGAGUGUGUUCAAGAGAAAAAUAGAAGAAGAUAAAGUUGGUGAGAUGUUUGAUAUGUACAACAAAGAUUUGGAAGUAGAGAAAGAAGAAGCAAUAGAAAUGAUGAGGGUUGCUGCUUGGUGCUUACAGAGUGAUUAUACCAAGAGGCCAUCCAUGUCAGUGGUGGUGAAGGCAUUAGAAGGUUCUGCAGCUAUUGAAACCAACUUGAACUACAACUUCAGCUAUCCACCCAUUCCAAGAAACACCAUGGAAGUGUCUAAUCAGAAGGGGCAAGCUCGUGAUGCCAUCAGCAGCGCAACAUUAAUUCCAUCAGUUUUAUCUGGCCCAAGGUAAAAGCUGCAGAGAAGAGUGUGCCUCUCAAUUUUCAUUGGUUUAAUGCUACAGUUUGCGCCCUACCUUAUCUUGUAUAUAAGUUGCAAGCUUUUUAUUUCUCUGUGGGAUGGUCUAUA